AUGAGGGUGAAAGAAGGCUCCGUGAGGGCAAACAACGAGGAACUACCAGUUAACCAUCCUCUAUUCUUCCAGAUGCCUUUCGACCAUUUCGGCAACAAUUCGGGGACGUUCCAAAACAGAUAUUGGAUCAACGAUACCUAUUACGAGAAGGGCGGACCAGUGUUCAUAUUUGACUCUGGCGAACAGGAUGCGCAGCCUUUGGUACCAUACUAUCUCCAGGAAUAUCAUGGAUUAUCUGCCACUAUGCAAGCUGCAAAGAGGUACAAGGGAAUUGCGAUCUUGUGGGAGCACCGUUACUACGGUGACUCGUUACCUUUCCCAGUUAACAGUAAUACGACCGCGGCUCAAUGGCAGUUUCUAACUACGGAGCAGGCAUUGGAGGACGUCGUCUACUUCGCCGAUCACUUCAAAGCGCCCGCUGGUAGCAAAGUGGCAGGCACAAGUUUACAUCCCUCAACAACGCCAUGGGUGUGGCUUGGAGGAUCAUAUCCUGGCGUCAGAGGGUACGUGCACCUAUCUGCACCUGAGGCACUCGCCAAUAUUGGCCCACUCAUUCGCAGGGCUCUCCUCCGCGUAAGAAACCCCGAGACUAUCUACGCCGUCUGGGCCAGUUCAGCGCCCGUACACGCACAAGUCGACAUGGCGUCAUACUACAAGGCCGCGGAACGUAGCCUCACCCGCAACUGCAGUGCGGACUGGGUUGCCGUAACGCGUUAUGUGGACGAGGUUCUGAAGGGCUCGAACGGAACGCUGAAGGACGAUGUCAAGUUCGCGUUGAUGAAGGCGGAGUUGAGUGGACCUGGUGGCAAUACGACGGGCGCAGAUGGACUCACGUUGGAAGAGGCGCAUAAUGCAAGCGACUAUUGGGGGUUUCAAGACUCGCUCCUACCCUUCUGCAACAUCCUCGAAACCAACAACUUCACAAUGACCCCACUCGAGACCGGCCUUGCAUCCUUGAAUGGAACGGAAUUUGCCUUCCAGGCAUUCCUAACGGGUCUCGCCGAGACGAACUAUGACGCUAUCCAAGGCGAUCCGGACGACCCUGUGCAAGAUCGUUCGUGGAUGCGGCAGUACUGCUCCGAGUACGGCUUCUAUCAACGUGGCGAUCCCAACAACCCGCUCUCUAUUGAGACUUCGUUCCUGUCCCUUGAGCUCUUCCAAGCGCAAUGCAACGAAACUUUCGCGGAUAUCCCUCCUUCUCCCGAGGUAGGACAUAUCAACAAAUACGGUGGAUGGGACAUGAACCCGAGCAACGUCUUCUGGACGAAUGGCGAAUUCGACCCGUGGCGUACUAUGGGCCUCGCCUCCAUCGAAGACAAUUCGCCUCAUCGCAAUUCCUCCGUAAUCGUUCCUCCGUGCAACACACCGCCUCCAGGAACCGACUUCUUCGGAAUCACCCAUGACAGGAUGGUCCACGUUUCCGACUUGCGUGUUCUCCUGGUCCCCGAUGCCAACCACACCUUCCCCAAAACGGUCGGGUUCUAUAGCCCCGUGUCGCAGGAACCGUUCUACUCGGGUCUUGGUUUAUUCGAGCUGGCUCUGGACGAAUGGCUGCCUUGCUUUGGCAAGACCGAAGGUGCAUAA